AUGUCGCCCUUGGAACCCUACCAAUCCGACGCUUUCCGCGAGAUGCGCAAACGCGUCCACUCGCUCUCCACGCCACCCACCGCCUCGCCUCCACGCACCCACAAACAGCCCUCGUUGCCACCCUCUGGCACUACUUCGUCGGUCUUCGUACCGCAUCCCGCACAUAUUCAAUCCCUCAAGUCUCCAUCGCCUUCGCCACCGCUGAGCGAAGCGUCGCCUCGCUCCUGCCCUCCCUCGUCGUCCCAGACGCCCCUCACCCAGGCUUCGGAUUCAAGUGCCAGCAGCUUCGACGACAUCCACAUGCAUCAGCAUCGCCGUUCAAGCCGCCGCGCCACACAUAAAGCCCAUGCUUGGUCGGGCACACACCGUCGCUUGACUGGCUCUCGCAGCAACCUCGCUCAGAAAACGGUCUUUUCUGAAGACGACGUCUCCUCGCACAGGCUCGCCAAAAGGAAUCGCUCGCAGGUCUCGCCAGUGCACUCGAAGCGCAGGCUCUACGCUGGACGAUCCACAUCCGCCUCUCUGCCCUUGACUUCCCCCUCGUCCCUGCCUUCCGUUGCCUCAUCAUGGCGUCGAGCUCUCAAACGUCAACGAAAGCGCCACUCCGACACGGCGCACGCUAUCCGCAAGGCACGCGCAUCCUCCCGAACAGAGACUCGCGGCCCCGACACCCAAAGUCGGGCAUCUGCGGCAGCUGAGAGUGUUCCGCGACUGGAUGUGCUGCCCGAGCUGCGUCUGCUCUCGGCCACGCGCACCGCUCCCAUCGGCUGGACGCGCAUGGCAAGCAUCUCUAACCCGCUCGCACACACGCUCGAAAUGUACGACGAGAGCAAUGCCAAGCGCGCUCCUGAACGCCAGCGCUUCUGGCCCAUCGUAGACCACCAGCUCGACUACACAGGCGCACGCAUGCUCUCGCUCUCCUCCGCAAGCAACGGUCGGCUCCAGCUCGGCACCCACUUCACCAAGGCGGCCAUCUCGCUCCCCAUUGACGAACCAGUCUCGCCCAAGUCGGGCGUAGCCCCGCUCAUGCCCUCCCACACGCUGCCUAUGCAGCCCGGCAUGGCUUCGUCCGACGAGGACCGUUCGCCACUCACUCCGGGAGCUUGUGUCGAGCCUCCUCGCGCUUCAACCACCGUGUCACGCUACGCGCGCGAUGCCGUGCGCAACGAGCCGGACCGCAAGCCCAGCGUACAAUUGUCCCCGUCCGCUACGCUCGCCGCCAUGAUCGACUUUACGCGCGCACAGCACGACAGGCGCCAGCGACAGAGCGCCGCGCACGUCGGCGCCGUCGUCGAGCCCGAGCGGAACGCGUACGGACAGCCGCUCCGCUCGCCCCUCAGCCCGCCCGUCGCAUGUGCUCUCGCGCCCCACGCGCCCCCGCGCAUCGCUCCGCGCGCCGCGCCCACCAAGGACCGCGACUACUUUGGCCACUGGGAGUCGUACCUCUGCGGCUACAGCAAGGAGUCGACCUUCUAG